AUGUCGGACAAACUGCCAUACAAAGUCGCUGACAUCAGUUUGGCCUCUUGGGGACGCAAGGCCCUGGACAUCGCAGAGAAUGAGAUGCCAGGCCUGAUGCGCAUGCGGGAGAUGUACUCAGCCUCCAAGCCUCUGAAGGGUGCCCGCAUUGCUGGAUGCCUGCACAUGACUGUGGAGACAGCUGUCCUUAUUGAGACCCUCGUCGCUCUUGGUGCUGAGGUGCAGUGGUCCAGCUGCAACAUCUUCUCCACUCAGGACCAUGCAGCAGCUGCCAUUGCAAAGGCUGGCAUUCCAGUGUACGCUUGGAAGGGUGAAACAGAUGAGGAGUACCUGUGGUGCAUUGAACAAACCCUGUACUUUAAGGACGGACCCCUCAACAUGAUUCUGGACUACAGUGAUGACCUCACCAACCUCAUUCAUACCAAGUACCCACAGCUCCUGUCGGGCAUCCGAGGCAUUUCUGAGGAGACCACAACUGGGGUUCACAACCUAUACAAGAUGAAGGCCAAGGGGAUACUGAAGGUGCCUGCCAUCAACGUCAAUGAUUCUGUGACCAAGAGCAAGUUUGACAACCUGUAUGGCUGCCGGGAGUCCCUCAUAGAUGGCAUCAAGCGAGCCACAGAUGUGAUGAUUGCGGGAAAGGUGGCAGUUGUGGCAGGCUAUGGGGACGUGGGCAAGGGCUGUGCCCAGGCCCUGAGAGGUUUCGGGGCUCGUGUCAUCAUCACUGAGAUUGACCCCAUCAACGCAUUACAGGCUGCCAUGGAGGGCUAUGAAGUGACUACCAUGGAUGAGGCCUGUCAGGAGGGCAACAUCUUUGUCACAACCACAGGCUGUGUAGAUAUCAUCCUUGGCAGGCACUUUGAGAAGAUGAAGGAUGAUGCCGUUGUGUGUAACAUUGGACACUUUGAUGUGGAGAUUGAUGUCAAGUGGCUCGAUGAGAAUGCUGUGGAGAAAGUGAAUAUAAAGCCCCAGGUGGACCGAUACCGGUUGAAGAAUGGGCACCGCAUCAUCCUGCUGGCCGAAGGGCGGUUGGUCAACCUGGGCUGUGCCAUGGGCCACCCCAGCUUCGUGAUGAGCAACUCCUUCACCAACCAGGUGCUGGCACAGAUUGAACUGUGGACACACCCAGACAAGUAUCCCGUUGGAGUCCACUUCUUGCCCAAGAAGCUGGAUGAGGCAGUGGCUGAAGCCCACCUGGGCAAGCUGAAUGUGAAACUGACCAAGCUAACUGGGAAGCAGGCUCAGUACCUGGGCCUGCCCUCAGAUGGCCCCUUCAAGCCUGAUCACUACCGAUAUUGA